UUUUUCAUCCCCGUCGAUACGAGAUCUGAUACAUUACCAUAAUUUAGGGAGAAUAUCCUGAAUUAGUUAUGUAUCAGCAUGUUUGAAAAUUAAAAAAAAAAGGAAAGCAUAUCUGAUACAUUCACCAUAAUUUAGCGACAACAUCGUGAAUUAGUUAUGUUUCAGCAUGAUUGACAAAAAUUUAAAAAGAAUAGCCACUUCGUAUUGACAUAAUCUGAUAUCAGAUUUUGCGAAAAUGUUCAAAACAGGCUCGGUCUUGAUGACUGAGGUCAUACAAAGAUUGAAUUAUUCUGAACAUUUUGAGUCUCAGUUGAGUUUGAUUAUGAAACAUUUUCAUUGAUAUCAAAAUUGCAUGUUAAAAUUUAAAUUUUAAAUUCAUGACUAUUUUCAAGUAACUAUUCAGUAAGGAUUAUCAUGUCUCAACUGGAAUUUCACCUUAUAGGCUGAUAAAAUUUCAAUCUAAAACUUAGCUGAAACCGAAAAUUGAUUUUUGAACAAAGGUCCGCGGGACGCGUCCAAGGUCAAAGUUUCGAUCAUAUUCCAAAAAUGUUUUAUGGCCAGUACAUUGUAUAGAAUUGUCAACGAAAUUAUAUUUUGACACAGCCAACUCCAAUGACAAUUUGAGCACUUCUUUGUUGUCAUUUGAUAAACCAGCUUAGUAGUCGAGACUAGCCUUUUAUCAUUAUUGUCAAAGCCUUUUUUUUAGUCGAGUACCUUUUCGAAUAUAUGCCUAUAUGGUACAUGUAGAAGCUGUGCUUAGGGGAACUUUGUACAAAGAUUUAAACUCGUGAAAUCUCAAGGUCUAUAUUGGUUUAAAAUUCAUAAUGUAGCCGUCAUGUAUAUCACGAUAGGGUGAACGGGAAACUGAAUGAAUUCAGUACCAUAUAAAUCCGACUUUGUAGGUUUUGAAAUGGUUAAAAAUAUAUAAUAGCACAUUUUUUUUACUGCGGUGCAUUUUAAUGUCAAGCAUCGUAUCGCGCAUAUUCAAAAUUGUGCGUCGUACAGUAGCAGUGCAAUAAUACGAAACUUCAUGUUUCCAUGUACACUUUAGGCCUAUAUAUUCCUUGAUACCAAAUAGUCAAUUAUAAUAAUUAGUAAUAACUUGUUAUAUAUGUUGCUGUGAUCCCGUAGGGGUUUCCUGAGCUAAAAUAGGUGAAGCUCUUGCGGCGCAGGGGAAGAGUGUCUGUCUCCUCACCAGGAGGUCAUCGGUUCAAAGCCUGGAUUAUAGGAUAUGUUGAUCGUUGAGUCAACAGCCGUUUCCACUGCUAGCGAGUACUGGCUAGAAUUUCACGAAAUACAAAUAUGUUGCAGCACUUCUAAUAAAAAAGAACAUGCUUUCGAUAAAGAUAAAACGUAAAAAAGAUAUUAGAAUUUCUAAAGAAUUAACAGUCAUUGUCUCUCACUUGAUUUACAGACGUCCAAAAUCAAGUUCUAAUUAUUACAAAUAUUGACAGGGCCAAAAUUCGAAGUGUACCCUGCUACUUUAUACCAAAUUCUUGUUUAUUUAUAUACCUGUCCGUUACUCUAAUGUCGCGUUUAGGUACUUUGAUAACCAUAUUUUUUUUUGUACAUUAACGCCCAUUUUUAGUACUGCAUCAUUUGUAUAGGUCAAAACACGGACAAUCCCAACUAUCAGAUUAAUCAUCUUUAUAGUGUUUUGAAUUGUACCAUUCCCCAUUUAACAUCAUUUAUUAAUAUUUCAUUCCGCGUCAAAGCGAUCUGAAAUCUGCAGGGAACUCACAUUUCGGGAUAAUGAGAACAUUGCAAAUACUCGGAAUGCACUAUGAUAUUUAAUUUGUGAAAAGUCGCCGUUUAAGAGAAAAUAGAGACCAUUUUCCACUUGUUUAUUGCGAUUAUAUUUAUUAAUCUUGUUGAAUGCAAUUGCUAAAAGCAUUUUCACAUCAAAUCCAAUUAAUGUUUGCUAAAUGGUGGACGUGACGUAAUGACCUACAGCGGUUAAAAACGUUUCGAAAUGUUGUGUUGCCUUGACAAUGUUCUUGGAGCAGCAUUAAACGGAUAGACACAUGGUGAUUUAUUAUUUCAGUUUUAAGUGCACUGAAAAUGUUCUUAUAUUAUUGUAUUAAACUUAUAUUUCAAUAAGUUUGGAGGAAGAUUAUUUGAAAGUAAAUCACAAAACAUGUCUUAGGUACAUAAUUCAGACAAUAUUUGAAUGGUGAUAAAGAGGGCGGUAUUACAAUAAUGAACAGACUAGAUUUCAUAAAAAACAGAUAUAUUCUAUAAAUUUAAUAUUUAAAUCUAGAUGAUAAUUGUCAUACAUUCUGUUGAAUUUGAAAAUGAGUUACAAAAUAGAUUUGAUUAAGGUGAUAUGGGCAUGUUUUGUAUGGGUACUUCAAGAAAAAUUAGUUUACAACCUUCAAGAAAAUACAACUAUGAAACUGGCUACAAGUGCUUUAGAAAGAGCGAUUUUUCAUGCGGAUCCAAUCUUGAGUGGUCUGAAUGAUACUGCGUGGGAAUGGGAAGAAUUUUCAUAUACCGAGUGGUUUUUAAUGACACGUGCUGGACGGGAAAUAAACAUAAAGAAACUUAUGCUGGAGUAUUCAGCUGUUUGUCCUAUUCAACGGUCAUGUGAUGUCAAUUUUGAUGAGAAGUUUCUGUUUGUCGAAGAUACAAAGGGUAUACCAGCUUUCUCAGAUUGUACAGACUGCACAUGUAGUCGCAGCUGUGUUGAAAAUGGCAACUGUUGCCCCGGGACACACUUUGGAUAUGUUGACCAAAAUGAAUGUAUCAGCACAAUUCUGCACCCAAAAGAGAAGAUUGAAUCUAUUUACAUGGUUGGAAUAUGUCUCGAUAAUUACAAUGGAAACACCAGUGUUAUUGAAUUGUGCGAAUCGAUGGUCCGCCCUUGUACUUCCAGAGAAUCCGGGCUUAUUUACAAGAACAAGUAUUGCGCACAGUGUAAUGCAGAAACCGACUGCUUUAAUUGGAAACUUAACGUGGACUGCGCAAGACACAAUUUGUUCCUAGAAGAGUUUGACUCAUUAGCUGAUAUGAAAGCUGCUUUAAAUCAGUCAGAUUGUGUAAUUCAGUAUGAACGACCCGUCGGUACAGAUGUUGGUUUUCUUUGUAAUUGGCGUGAUUUUUUGAAAGAAGUCCGUAUUGACAGAUGCAACGUAACGGGGUUUUGGCGUCAGUUUGAUGCUGACAUAAACUGGGCUUGUGAGAGCUUUAUAGUACCCUAUAAGGAGUUUAGAAAUGUCUUUUGUUACAUAUGCAAUCCUAGCCAUGGAAACUUACAAAAUGUGUCAUUGAUCGAUUAUUGUAAAACGCAUGAAAACACAUCAAAUUUAUUUAAUGUUUCUUUUGCAUGUAAAGAUUUUCCAGCCUCGGAUAGGCUAAAACCAUUUAAAAACAUUUAUUGCUAUGCAUGUAAUUAUGGACAUAUAUAUUUAAAGAGCUCAUUGACUAAAGUCUCUUUCUUGAGUGAAAUAUCUGAAACGAACAAUCACGUUAAUCUGUCAACGCAGAUGAAUUUAUCACUUGCAUUUCCAUAUGAGAGUAAUGUUAACGAUGUCAAAACGUUUGUGCACGAGACAUUACGAGACGCAUUUGAAAUUAUAGACAUAAAUAGCAAGCCACAUAGAAUUACUAAAACAAACUACAACGUUUCAAGUAUUGACAAAAUAAUAAAUCACUAUAUAACGGUCUGUGGAAAAGGAACGCUUUGCAGGUAUGAUGGCAAUACGGACAAAGUGUACGGUAAUCCUGUUUGUGGCCGAUGCAAGUGUGAAAAUGACUGUGCUGAAAAUGAGGCAUGCUGUCUUGAUACUAUACUUUCUAAGGAACCAUUUUCAUGUUUGGAUCAAGAGACAUUUCCUAUACUUCGCAAGAACGAUACAGGAAUAAGAAAUCGUCACGAAUGGCUGGCAGGGCAUGAAACAUAUAUGGUAAUAGACACAUGUUUAAAUAAAUCCCAUCAAUUAUCAUAUAACUGUUCUUCCCUCGAGGGUACCUCUGAUUUCUUUGCUGAUAUACCUGUUAGUACCAGUGGUUCCGUUGCAUACAGAAAUAUUUACUGUUAUGCUUGCAACAACAACUAUAUCAAAGGCAUCACUUUGGCGUUUCAGGCAUACUGUGGGACAUAUAUAGAACAUGAAUUAUUCACGGACUUAUCGCAGUUGCUUAAAACAAUUAUGUUGUACUGCCAUACGGUGUCAUUUGUUCCUGUAAAAAGCAAAAUAUGUGCGGAAGAAUACGACGCGUUGAAAGCUAGCUUAGCCGGUGGUGAGAAAUACGAAAGAAGUGAAGAACAUCCGUCAAAUUUCGAAUUCAGAGUGAUACAGCAUGAAAGUGUAUGGGUAAGGGAGAUGUAUGACCCAGUUAAAGAUGUCUAUUCUUCAUGCAACAUGUCGGGAUAUCUGAAAGAAUCUGAUAUUCUUGUCAGUGACAUUUGCGAGAAAGAUUCGGUGACUUUACUCUCUCUUCCUGAGUACCGUAUUGAGAACAGGGUGUACAAAAAUUUUGCUUGUUUUCUUUGUAAUCCGGAGUUUCAUUUACAAGAUAUGGAGUCGGACAAGGUAAUAUCUGACUGUCGUUUAAAUAGUUCUGUAGAAUGGUACGAGAAGGAUGAAAAUCUUGAAGAGUUGUGCACGACAACACCGGGAUAUGAUAUAUGGCUUCCUUACAAAAAUAUGUACUGUGCGGAAUGUAAUCUUCCCCCGUGGCAACUAGUCGACGUUGUGGUUGAUUUCUACGAUGUGUUAAGCCCUCCAGGCUACAAAUACCUUUUCUCCAUUUCACCAGAAGACUUUGCACAAAUGGAUGCGGCUGCCAAAGAAGACAAUGUGCCGAAAUGCCCUAGAGGAACUUAUGAUUAUAAUUUGAACGAGUGUCGUCCGUUGUACUGCAAUAAAGGCUAUCAACUUCAUAAUUCUACUUGUAAACCACUCCUAGAAACGGCUUCCUAUCAUUUAUAUGAAAUUUCAUUGAAACUGUUCGUCAGAGAAUUAAAUAGAUUGCAGGAAAACUCUAGCGACAACGUAAAGAUAUACCUCGGAGAAUUGUGUUCAGAUAUUAGCGAGAUGAUAACAAAACCAUUUGGAGAAACAACCGAGUUUUAUAUACGAGAGCAACAAUGUCAAGCAUCUUCACCAUGCAGUUUUUUUCAGAAUAUUAGUUAUAUCGAAGGACCGCUUGUAGACUUAACUCACACUGAAUAUAUAACUCUGUUUCUUGUUGUAGCUAUAGAAUAUACAGAAACAAUAAUGACAGUCAGGACUACUCUUAUUACCGCAUUAAGCCAGAGGUGUAACAUAACGGAUCAUUUCGAUGUUGAUGGUAAUUCUUAUUCAGUUGUUUUAGAUGCAAUUCAAACACCCAAAACUGAUUGGUUGGACCUUAAUCAAUCUUGUACAACUCCACUCAAAAAUGUUAAAGAAAUGUAUGGCCCAGAUAUUCAGUUAUCUUACUAUACAGUCGACAGAUUCUUGCUCUGUGCCUAUGUAAAACUGAAUUUCAGUGAGGCAGAUUUUUAUCAAGGUGCCCUUUUUGUGUUUAUUAAAGAUACAAAUGUUACAUUCCCUGAAAGUGAAUAUAAAGUUAUCGAUGAUUAUAUCAUUAUUUGUAUAGAUGAUUACAACAGGAAAACCAGGAAAACGACUGAUGAAAAUCGUAUACAGAAGUCUGACAGUAUUAUAUAUUUACUGAAUACUUUUACAUUAAUUUGCACAGUUAUUUCCCUUGUCUGUAUUUUCCUUACUUUCGUCACGUACUGCUUGUUCUCAACAUUGCGCACAGUACCAGGAAAGAGUCUAAUGCUUUUGUGCUUUUCCCUGUUUUGCUCCCAAAGCUUUCUUCAGUUCGGUAUCAAUGGUACAAGUAAGUCCAUGCUGUGUGUAUUCACAGGGGUUUGCAUACACUAUUUUUGGACUGCCUUCUUUUGCUCUAUGCAUAUUUGCUCUUUUCACAUGUUCAAAGUUUUCUAUUUCAACGAUAUGUUACAUCAAUUACCAAACACCGGCAGCAGAUUAUUCAUUAAAUAUUUGCUUUAUUUCAUUUUCUUCCCAAGUGCGCUCGUUCUGAUAACGGUGGUAAUUAGUAUUCUCAACUGGGAUACAUCUUUCAUUGGAUAUGGCGCAAACUAUUGUUUCAUUUCCGAUUUUUACAUCUUUGUUGGCACUUUUCUGACCCCAGCAUGUUUAAUAUUUCUGAAUAAUAUUAUCUUCUUCUCUUUAGCUUUUCACAAAAUAAGAUCUUCACAAAAUGUUCGAAGCACACGAGACAAAAGUCAUUUCUAUAUUUUUCUGAAACUUUGUACAAUCGUAGGUAUUACUUGGCCGUUACUAAUCGUUGAUAAUGUGUUAGGUGUUUCUUGGUUUUCAUUUUUAGUUUCUGGGAUAAAUUCACUGCAAGGUGUUUUUAUUUUCGGCUCUUUCGUAUUAAACAGAAGAGUCGUCCAUUUGUAUAAGUCUGCCUUGACAAAAACAUCAGUUAAAAGAUCAGCAACCAGAUCAACAUCACGUUCAAGCUACAGCGGCAUUACCAAUACCAGACUGUAAUUGCCUGGCAAGUUAGUGCGUUUUGAGCUGUGAGAUAUGGGCUUUGCGGAAUAAAGAGCUCAAUUUAUCAUAAUGUAACUCUAAAGUAAGCAAUUUACUCUAUAACCGUCGGAAAUCAAGGUAUCAAAAGCAUAAUUUGAUAAGCAUUUUGUUAGUUUUUCUGCCUUUACUUAAAAAGUGGCAUUGUUUCCUUUAAAAUAUCUAGUUUAUUAUAUAUAUUAUUUACAAUAUACCAGUUAUAAUAACUACAGUUUUAUGUUUGUUGGAUAUCUUUUAAUAUAUAGUUUGGAUUACAAAAUGUAAUCUUAGACGUUUCAAAUUUUUGAGUUAAAAACAAAUAUUAUUGUUGACGAAUUGUAAUAGACAUGUAAUUCUCCUUGUAAUCACAUGUCUCAGGACAUACAUUUGUUUCUUAAUCAUUUAUAUUGCUAUAUGUUUCCAUGACAACAGGUUAAAAAAGCAAUUCUUAAACGUGCUAGGCAAGGUGUUUCUCACAAUACUUUGAAAAACCGGAAAAAUCUCGAAAAAGAGUUUAUACCCUGGAAGAAAGAACUGUCCUUUAAUUUUGUUCCUCUGUAUUUUCCCCAGAAUUUUCUCUCUGUGAGAAAGAACGGUACUUACCCUGUAUCCUGUGAGAAAUUAUUAUGUCUCCCCCAGGAGACAUAUUGUUUUUGCCCUGUCCGUCCGUCCGUCCUUCCGUCCGUCCGUCCGUACGUCACACUUCAUUUCCGAGCAAUAACUGGAGAACCAUUUGACCUAGAACCUUCAAACUUCAUAGGGUUUUAGGGCUGCUGGAGUAGACGACCCCUAUUGUUUUUGGGGUCACUCCAUCAAAGGUCAAGGUCACAGAGGCCUAAACAUUGAAAACCAUUUCCGAUCAAUAACUAGAGAACCACUUGACCCAGAAUGUUGAAACUUCAUAGGAUGAUUGGUCAUGAAGAGUAGAUGACCCCUAUUGAUUUUGGGGUCACUCCGUCAAAGGUCAAAGUCACAGGGGCCUGAACAUUGAAAACCAUUUCCGAUCAAUAACUAGAGAACCACUUGACCCAGAAUGUUGAAACUUCAUAGGAUGAUUGGUCAAGAAGAGUAAAUGACCCCUAUUGAUUUUGGGGUCACUCCCUCAAAGGUCAAGGUCACAGGGGCCUGAACAUUGAAAACCAUUUUCAAUCAAUAACUAGAGAACCACCUGACCCAGAAUGAUGAAACUUGAUAGGAUGAUUGGUCAUAAAGAGUAAAUGACCCUUAUUGAUUAUGGGAUCACUCCGUCAAAGGUCAAGGUCACAGGGGCCUGAACAUUGAAAACCAUUUCUGAUCAAUAACUAGAGAACCACUUGACCCAGAAUGUUGAAACUUAAUAGGAUGAUUGGUCAUAAAGAGUAGAUGACCCCUAACGAUUUUGGGGUCACAGGGGCCCGCACAUUGAAAACCAUUUCUGGUCAGUAACUUGAGAACCACUUGACCCAGAAUGAUGAAACUUCGUAGGAUGAUUGGUCAUGCAGAGUAGAUGAACCCUAACGAUUUAAGGGUCAUUCUGUUAAAGUCACAGGGGCCUGAACAUUGAAAACCAUUUCCGAUCAAUAACUUGAGAACCUCUCAACCCAGAAUGUUGAAACUUCAUAGGAUGAUUGUUCAUGCAGAGUAAAUGACCCUUAUUGGUUUUGGGGUCACUCCGUUAAAGGUCAAGGUCACAGGGGCCUGAACAUUGAUAACCAGUUCCGAUCAAUAACUUGAGAACCACUUGACCCAGAAUGUUGAAACUUCAUAGGAUGAUUGAACAUGCAGAGUAGAUGACCCCUAUUGAUUUUGGGGUCAGUCUAUUAAAGGUCGAGGUCACAGUGGCCUGUUCAUGUAAAAUCAUUUUUGGAAAUAACUUGAGAACCACUUGACCUACAAUGUUGAAACUUAAUAGGAUGAUUGGACAUGCAUAGUACAUGACCCCAGUUUUAUUUUGAGGUCACUUGAUCAAAGGUCAGGGUCACAGGAGCCUGAACAGUGACUUGAGAACCACUAGGCCACGAGUGUUGAAAUUUAGCGGGAUGACUGGACAUGCCAAGUAGAUGAUCCCUAUUGCAGCCAACCAUCAGUGUCUCUUUGACUUUCGCUCCUGACCCCUAUUGACUUCUUGCCUAUAGGACUUUGCAUUGGGGGAGACAUGCGCUUUUUUACAAAAGCAUUUUCUAGUUUUCCUCUGUGUUUAUACACAGUGAGAAAGUAUGAUCCCCCUUGUUUGUACCCAGUGAGAAAGUAUGGUCCUCCAUGUUCGUACCAUUUGACAAAGUAUGGUCCUCCGUGUUUGCACCCUGUAAGAAAGUAUGGCCAUCCGUGAUCAUAACCUGUGAGAAAGCACGGUCGUUUGAGUUUGUACCCUGUGAAAAAGUAUUUUCUUCUAUGUUUGCACCAAAUGAGAAAGUAUGGUCCUUCGUGUUCGUACCCUGUAAGACAGUAUGGCCAUCCGUGAUUAUACCCUGUGAGAAAGAACGGUCGUUUGAGUUUGUACCCUUUGAAAAAGUAUUUUCCUCUAUGUUUGCAGCUGGUGAGAAAGUAUGGUACCACCCACACACACACUUUAAAACUAUGGACCUUUGAGAUUGUACCUUAGAAAACGUAUGGCAGUUUGGUCCUCCGAGGUUUUAGCAUGUUCCGAAAGGAAGUUAAUACUGCCCUUUAAAGAGAGUCUGGUUAUAACAAUUUACUGUAGUCACUAGUGAAUGAAUAUCAUAUACACUUGUCAAUAGCAAACUUUAUAAUCAUAAUGAAUACUUAGUAAAAUGGCCUGAAGUGGUUAUUAGCACGACUAAAGUUGUAUUGCUUGAGAGCGUAUAGUAGCGCGAGUGCAAUGCAAGUUUAGGAGUGCUAAAACUGCCGUUAUAUGAAUUGUUUAUUUUAUACAUUAACACAAUAACGAUAACUCGUUUAUUACAUACAAUAUCGACAUUAACAAUGUAUAAUGGGUAAAAUGACGUCAUUCAUCACUGGCGGGUUAUAAUGCCCGCUUCCGUUUAAAUCUAUCUUACGGGAGUAACAGGAUUAACACAAUAACGAUAACUCGUUAAUUAAAUAAUAUAUUGACAUUAACAAUUAUGCGUAAUUGAUAAAAUGACACCAAAAUGACGUCAUUCAUCACUGGUGGGUUAUGAUGCCCGCUUCCGGUUAGAUUUAUCUGGCGUGUGUAACAGGGUUCUUUCCUUUUCAGUUUUGUUACUAUGUAUAGUAAGGUAUUUAAUAAAUAUAAUUAUGUAUAAUACUGUUUAGGCUGGAUUGAAUUGCCAAUGUCAUAAGUUGUAUAUAUAUAUUUGUAAUUGAAGCUAUGUUCUAAUUAUAUUUUUUUUCAUGCAGAAAUAAACUUGUUUCCUUGUA